AUGGAUGAGGAAAUCACUUUCGGACCAAGGGAUGCAGUUUCUCUAGCGUCCGGGAACCACGAGACCAUCGUGAUAGACAUUGUCACCAACAACUAUCGGGUGAAGAAGGUGUAUGUCAAUCAAGGGAGUGCGGUUGAUAUUAUGUUUUAUCGGGUGUUCAAGGAGCUCGCCUUGGAGGAUGGACAACUGACCCCAGUUCGGACACCUCUUGUGGGCUUCACCGGACCGCCUAUCAACCCGGAGGGAAUGAUCACCCUAAUGGUCACGGUAGGGCAGGUCCUCAAAUGCCGGACCAUCCCUGUCAAGGUGGUCAAGCAACAAUCCCCGUACAACGUGUUCCUGGGUCGGCCUGCUUUGAACGCCCUCCGAGCUAUUCCCUCCACACUCCACCUUAGCAUCAAGUUCCUCACUCCGGGAGGGGUAGCCGAGGUGCGCGGUGAUCCAGAGGUGGCCAGAGUUUGCUACUUGACCAUGCUUCGAGGACAGGAGAAGAUGGUGGCCCAGACGACCUGCUUGGAGCCAUACAUUCCAGGGGAGGAGGCCCGGCAGCUGGGCACCGAGGACGAGAUCGAGGAGUUUCCCUUGAGGGAAUACCGGCCCGUCCUGGUGAUCCGCAUCGGAGCGCUGCUGCCCCUGGAGGAGAAGGAGGGUUUGAAGGCCCUGUUAAGGGAAUACUCCCAAGUCUUUGCAUUGACGGUUGAGGACAUGCCCGAGAUUCCGACCGACCUGGCAGUCCACCACCUCAACGUGGAUCCUCGCUUUAAGCCGGUGAAGCAGAAGAAAAGGAGUUUCGCCCCGAAGAGAAACGAGGUGAUCAAGAAUGAGGUCGGCAAGCUGCUGGAGUCCAAGAUCAUCCUGGAGGUACAUUACCCGACCUGGUUGGCCAAUCCCGUCCUGGUGAAGAAUGAGGACCAGUCGUGGAGGAUGUGCGUGGAUUUCACAGAUCUCAACAAGGCCUGUUCAAAGGACUGUUUUCCCCUGCCAAGGAUCGACAGGUUAGUAGACUCUAUUGUGGGUUUUGACGUUUUGUGCUUUUUGGAUGCCUUCAAGGGAUACCACCAAAUAGAGAUGGCUGAGUAG